AUGACUGAAUAUUCAAAUGGUGAAAAAUUUCGAGCAGAAAUGGUCGAUGCUGCUAGAAAAUUUUUUAGUUCUCCAAGAAUAAAAAAUACGCCAUUUGAAGAAAAAAAGCGAUAUCUGCUUGGUAGGGGAAUCACCGAAGAAGAAAUAAGUGAGGCAAUGAAAAUAGGAUCGUGCGGAAAUGAAGAAAGCGAUAGUCAGAUGGUAAACGACAAUUUUGUGAUGGAUGAUAUUCCUUUUAACGAAUCAUUGGCAUCCAAUAAUCGGCUAAUGCAGUUUGUGAACAUCAGCAUUCUCUUGGGAGGAUUAUCAUAUAUGGGUUAUCAUUUCUUGCGCUCCUAUUUGAUACCAACUUUUUUCAAAAUACGAGAUGCAACAGAGGAUCAUUCUGAUCGAAUUCAGCAGUUACAAACAAAGGUAAUAUCUUGCUUAAAUUUUUUGCACGUUUUUAAUUUUUAUUUAAUUCGUUUUUUAAUUCGUUGA